UCGGUGGUGCAGGGUUGUGGCUAGUAUCGUGUAAAUGUUUUGCAUUUACGAAGAGCAUGAUGAUCUUAUGAGAGACCGUUAGAUGUUUCCAACACGGCUUUGUUCAUCAUCACAGCUGAAGCCGACUCAACUUUCCAAAUGCCAAGAAUACAGCCCGUUUCAUCAGGUUUGAACCAAGUACACUGCGUAAGCUGCUUCCUCGCGGGCUGAGCCUGUCUGGGAUUUCAGCAUGAAUUGGGCAUCGUUUUAUGCUGUGAUCAGCGGUGUGAACAGACACUCGACCGGCAUCGGACGCAUCUGGCUGUCCGUCAUCUUCAUCUUCCGCAUCCUGGUGCUGGUGGUGGCUGCUGAGAGCGUGUGGGGGGACGAGAAGUCGGGCUUCACCUGCAACACCCAGCAGCCCGGCUGCAACAGCGUCUGCUACGAUCAGUUCUUCCCCAUAUCGCACAUUCGCCUCUGGGCCCUGCAGCUCAUACUGGUGUCCACGCCGGCCCUGCUGGUCGCCAUGCACGUUGCGCAUCGCCGUCACGUGGAGAAAAAGAUUCUCAAAAUAUCUGGGCGUGGUAGCGCAAAGGACUUCGAAGACCUCAAGAGACAAAAGUUUAAGAUCACGGGUGCGCUCUGGUGGACCUACAUGAUAAGCAUCGUCUUCCGUGUCAUUUUCGAGGUGGUUUUCUUGUACAUUUUUUACUUGAUCUAUCCAGACAUCAAGAUGGUGCGUCUGGUGAAGUGCGAUUCCUACCCCUGUCCGAAUACCGUGGACUGUUUUGUGUCCCGUCCCACAGAGAAAACCAUCUUCACUAUCUUCAUGCUGGCGGUGUCUGGAGUUUGCGUUCUGCUGAACCUUGCUGAAGUUGUGUAUUUAAUAGCCGGGGCGUGUGUCAGAUGCUUUCCUGGAGAGGCUGGUGAAGUUAAAGGACCUUGGCUGACUCAGAAACUGGCCACCUACAAGCAGAAUGAAAUCAAUCAGCUGAUAUCAGAGCACUCAUUCAAACCCAGACUCAACGUGGGCCGGAAACCUGCCGCCGACAGGCCGGAGCGCUGCUCUGCUUUCUAGAGUACUGUCAACCCGGAGGUCUCAUCGACAACCAAUACAAGCCAUUUAUUAGGUUAAAGGGAUCGUUGACCUAAAAAUGAAAAUUCUUUCAUCGUUGCUCAUCCUCGUGUCAUUUUAAACCUGUAUGACUAUUGAAGAGCACGAAAGAAACAUUUGCUAACCAAACAACAUUAGCCCACAUUGUAUGGACACAAAACGAGAUUUGAGGGUGAAGUAUUCCUCUAAUUCAAACGAGAAGGCUGUGAGUGGAGAUACAGGACAGUAUAUGCUGGAGAACCCUGAACACAUUCAAGUACGCUCUUAAAAAUAAAGGUGCUUAAAAGGUUCUUCACUGCGAUGCCAUAGAAGAACCCAUUUUGGUUCCACAAAGAACCGUUCAGAAAAGGUCUUUAAAGAACCAUCUCUUUCUUUCUUUUUUAUAAUCCGAAGAACCUUUUGUGAAACAGACAGGUUCUUUAUGGAACCAAACGCUGCUUCUAUGGCAUCGAAGAACCUUUUUUUUAAGAGUGCAGUGCAGACGUCUGUCUUUUCUCAAAAGAAGAAUAAAAGCCUCCCACCAACGCUCGUGUCAAUGUGAGCGAGGCAUACAAACACGUGUGAACGGUUUCGCUUCUGUUGCGUAAUAUAGUUUACGUUUGGUGAACUGUCCUCUGUACAUGUGUCUAAAGUACAUUUGACCAACAGAGAUUUCAAAAAGCCUUUUUGCUCAAAACAAAGAAUACGAGAGAAGAUAAUAUACAGCAUUUUAACACUUGUACUUUUUCUAUUUCAUGUUUUCCAAGGCAAGCAGUGCUAUUGCUUUUACUUUUCCUCCAUACUUGUUUUUUUUAUGUAUGUAUUACAUUUUAGCAAUUAAAUAAAUUAUAAGAUUAGGUUGUGAAGGGAAGGUGUGCUUUUCUAAGCAAUCGUGAUGCAUCCUAUUUGCACGGCAGACAAUAAUAUAAGAGAACAAUCCCCUAGAUUUACAAGGGACAAACAGGAUUUAUGGCUUGGCGGAAUGUAACUGAGAAUAGGGGAUGAACUCUUCAGUCACCCAACUAACUCACAACAUUCACAAGCAAGAAUAUACUAUAUCGAAGCAUUAUUGACAAACACUGCUCACAAUUCCUUUCAAAAAGCAUGUUGAAAACCAUGUUGUUUUUGUAUAAUUUAUUAUUUAUUAAAAACAAGCACUAGACAAUGACAUUGUGUUGUGUUUCCUAUUUCAUUGCGAGAUGAAAAAUUUGUGUGCUUAAAAUUUAGUGUGUUUGCAACUUAACAAUGCAAAACAUUUUGCUGAAAUCCUUAAGCUUUAAGCAUCAUUCUUCUAAAGGUGUCUUACAGCAAUGCCAGUUGUACCUUACAAAAGUGCAAUAACUUUUUUCUGCCUUGCAAAAUGUCUUUUUGUUUGUUUUUAUUGUCAUUUCCCUUUGAUGUUUGGAACAUUUGUGGACAAAUUAUUUUUAACAUUCAACAUGUUCAAGCUUUUUUCGAGAGUGGAAAUCUACUAUAUUUGUCAUUUUAUUUAUGUCACAUGCUUUAAAUAUGAGGAAUGUUGAGAUGGCAUCAUGUUUAUUUGAUUUGAAGAGGCCUACAAUCACAGCUAUCAUUUAUUGCCUAUAUUGCAGUAUAUCUGGAAGAUUAUAUUUCAGUGACAGGAUUUUAUUGAUGUUACUUUUUAGUUGUAUCAACCUUUACUGUAUAUUAAAAGAAAUUCUAUUUGGCUUUUUAUCAUUUUGGUGAAUUUUUAACAUUAAAGAAUGCUCUUUUAUGUAUUAAUUUUCUUAUUUUUAACUACAACGAAUAGAAAAAUGGUUAACACACAGUUCAAGAAACAACAUGAAAAUGUUCUUGGUAAACUGUAUAAUUUUUUAUCACUAACAGUACCCAACACACUGUAAUUUUAUAUUAAUUUAUAUUACAGCUAUACUUAAAUUAUUACAUAUUUUUAUACCUGAGGACAGUUCAUUUACAAAAAUGAAUCUUAUAUCAUUGCUUGA